GGUUUGCUGCGUGGGCUGCUGGGAGUUGCAGUCCCCGGGACUCGCCUUCCCGGCGUGCCCCGCGGCUCCCGGCGGCUAUGGCGGCGGUGGAUGCGCGGCGGAGCUGAGGCCUGCGGCGAUGGCUGGAGAACUGGCGGACAAGAAGGACCGGGACGCGUCGCCCGUCAAGGAGGAGAGGAAACGCUCCCGUUCCCCGGACAGGGACCGAGACCGGGACAGGGACCGCGACCGGGACCGCAAGGGGUCCCCCGGCAAGGACAGGAAGCGGCACCGGUCCCGGGACAGGAGGCGAGGCAGCCGCUCCCGCUCCCGGUCCCGCUCCAAGUCGGUAGACAGGGACCGCCGGCACAAAGACCGAGAUCGAGACCGGGGCAAGAAGGACCGGGACCGGGAGAAGGAUGGGCACCGGCGGGACAAGGACAGGAAGAGAUCCAGCUUGUCCCCAAGCAGGGGCAAGGACUCGAAGUCCCGGAAGGAGCGGGAUUCGCGGAAAGCGGAGGAAGAGGAGGAGAAUGCGCUGAAGAAGGAGAAGGCCCAGCCCCUGUCCUUGGAGGAGCUGCUGGCGAAGAAGAAAGCUGAAGAGGAGGCAGAAGCUAAGCCCAAGUUCCUGUCCAAGGCAGAGCGGGAGGCAGAGGCUUUGCGGCGGCGGCAGCAGGAGGUGGAGGAGCGGCAGCGGCUGCUGGAGGAGGAGAGGAAGAAAAGGAAGCAGUUCCAGGAAAUGGGGAGGAAGAUGCUAGGUAAGGUGUCGCCCCUGCCUGGGUGCGAGGGGCUGUGGUGGGACCCCCCGGAGCCUCCCAGCCUCGCUGUGGGGUGCUGGGCUCUUCUGAGGUCCUUCCCCUGCUCCCCAGAAGACCCCCAGGAGCGUGAGCGCAGGGAGCGCCGGGAGCGCAUGGAGCGGGAGACCAACGGCACGGAGGACGAGGAGGGCAGGCAGAAGAUUCGGGAGGAGAAAGACAAGAGCAAAGAGCUCCACGCCAUCAAGGAGCGCUACCUGGGAGGGGUGAAGAAGCGGAGACGCACCCGGCACCUGAACGACCGCAAGUUUGUCUUUGAGUGGGAUGCGUCAGAGGACACGUCCAUUGACUACAACCCGCUGUACAAGGAACGGCACCAAGUGCAGCUGCUGGGCCGGGGAUUCAUCGCAGGGAUCGACCUGAAGCAGCAGAAAAGGGAGCAGUCGCGUUUCUACGGGGACCUGAUGGAAAAGAGGCGAACGCUGGAGGAGAAGGAGCAAGAGGAGGCCAGGCUGCGGAAGCUGAGGAAGAAGGAGGCCAAGCAGCGCUGGGAUGACCGCCACUGGUCCCAGAAGAAGCUGGACGAGAUGACAGACAGGGACUGGCGUAUUUUCCGUGAGGACUACAGCAUCACCACCAAAGGGGGCAAGAUCCCCAACCCCAUCCGCUCCUGGAAGGACUCAUCCCUGCCCCCCCACAUCCUGGAGGUCAUCGACAAGUGCGGCUACAAGGAGCCCACCCCGAUCCAGCGCCAGGCGAUCCCCAUCGGCCUGCAGAACCGCGACAUCAUCGGCGUGGCUGAGACGGGCAGCGGCAAAACGGCCGCUUUCCUCAUCCCCCUGCUCGUCUGGAUCACGACCCUGCCCAAAAUCGACCGGAUCGAGGAGUCGGACCAGGGUCCCUACGCCAUCAUCUUGGCCCCUACUCGAGAGCUGGCCCAGCAGAUCGAGGAGGAAACCAUCAAGUUUGGGAAGCCGCUGGGCAUCCGCACGGUGGCCGUGAUCGGAGGAAUCUCCCGCGAGGACCAAGGCUUCCGGCUGCGCAUGGGCUGCGAGAUCGUCAUCGCCACGCCGGGGCGUCUCAUUGACGUGCUGGAGAACCGCUACCUGGUGCUGAGCCGCUGCACCUACGUGGUGCUGGACGAGGCGGACCGCAUGAUCGAUAUGGGCUUCGAGCCCGACGUGCAGAAGAUCCUGGAGCACAUGCCCGUCACCAACCAAAAACCUGACACGGACGAGGCUGAGGACCCCGAGAAGAUGCUGGCGAACUUCGAGUCGGGGAAGCACAAGUACAGGCAGACCGUCAUGUUCACGGCCACCAUGCCGCCGGCGGUGGAGCGCCUGGCCCGCAGCUACCUCCGCCGUCCGGCUGUGGUCUACAUCGGCUCCGCCGGCAAGCCGCACGAGCGGGUGGAGCAGAAGGUCUUCCUCAUGUCGGAGUCGGAGAAGAGGAAGAAGCUGUUAGCCAUUCUGGAGCAGGGCUUCGACCCGCCCAUUAUCAUUUUUGUCAACCAGAAGAAGGGCUGCGAUGUGCUGGCGAAGUCGCUGGAGAAGAUGGGGUACAACGCCUGCACCCUGCACGGCGGCAAAGGCCAGGAGCAGCGAGAGUUCGCCCUCUCCAACCUGAAGGCCGGGGCCAAGGACAUCCUGGUGGCCACGGAUGUGGCCGGCCGCGGUAUCGACAUCCACGACGUCUCCAUGGUCGUCAACUACGACAUGGCCAAGAACAUCGAGGAUUACAUCCACCGCAUCGGGCGGACGGGCCGCGCGGGGAAGAGCGGCGUGGCCAUCACCUUCCUCACCAAGGAGGACUCCACCGUCUUCUACGACCUGAAGCAGGCCAUCCUGGAGAGCCCCGUGUCCUCCUGCCCCCCCGAGCUGGCCAACCACCCCGACGCCCAGCACAAGCCUGGCACCAUCCUCACCAAGAAGAGGCGGGAGGAGACCAUCUUCGCCUGAGGCCCCGGGGCUGGCGUCCGCCUCUCGGCCACCGCUCUGGGGACAGGAGGACCACCGAGGGCUGCCGGGACUUUGCUGGCUGCUCCUUCCCCCGAGCCCCUGGCCCCAGUGCAGCCAGGACUGCUGACAGCAGGGACUGGGGCCGGGACUGCCCCGAAACGUCCCCUGUGUGCUCCCGGUCCCUCUCCCUGCGUUCACCGGGGACUCGUGGAGCUGCCGGGGGCUGUUUGGGGGCAGGUUCCUCCCUGCCCCCCUGCUGCCCAGGCAGGGUCGGGGCUGGGUUCCUUGCGCUGAUUUGUAGGCAGGGCUGUCCCUGGAGCUGUGUCCCUUUCGUCCCUUUUUUAGCUCAAACUCCGAGCUGCAGGAAUAAACCUGCAGCAGCCUUGCCAGA